GAAGAUUCCAAAUCGAAGGAAGGUUAGGAAGGGGUCACGUGGCGCUAACCCCGAAAGAAGCAAAAAAGAGACAUCGAAGAAAGUCAGCGAGAGCUCUCAAGCUGAGAUCACGAUCGCGAUCACGAUCCCUGGCCACCACCUUGUUCCCGAAGGCGAGCAGACGAUGGAUCACCAGACGUCAGCAGAUCGAGCGGCGCCGAUCUGAGCUCUGCUUCUCCGUCCCCUACACACCACCAUGGCCGAUUCACCGCGCGGCCACGGCUCUGGCAUUGCUGCUCCUGCUGCUGCUGCUCCCCCUCCACCACCGCCUCUACCUCCUCCACCUCCUCCAGCGCCUCCAUUACCACCCCAGCGCUAUGCAAACAGGGCUACCAGUGCUCUUGCGCGGCUCGCUCACCCAUUCAUCUACGGUUCCAGGCCCCCAAGCCCACAGCCCACUUCUCCACUGCCAGUCCCUACACCACCUCCCGCCCUAGUGACCAGGCCCAGCUAUACCAUCUCCCCUCCUGGCAGCGCACCGAUCAUCACGCAUAAGACAGGAAUCCCAAUCUCAGCUGUCGAUAUCUCCCCGCAGCGUACUCACGCCAUUGUUGCCGGACGAGAGAUUCUUAGAACGAUACGAGUCACAUCUUCACAGUGUACUGAAGAAACAAACGUCCGAUCCGCUGUGAUCGGCCAUGGCCACCACCCGUCUGGAACAUCUAGCAAGAACAAGGAACAUCUAGCUACCAAGGAUGUAAAGUGGUCUCAUUCGGAGUAUAACCGAAUCAUUGCCACCGCAACUAGCAAUGGGCGUAUCGUUAUUUAUGACCUGAGUCGCCCCGGAGUGGAAUAUGGCCGGUUCCAUGAACAUUCUCGGCAGGUCCAUCGACUCGCCUUCAGCCCGUACCGUGGUGCAUGGUUGCUCUCUGGAAGCCAGGACGCCACUGUGAGGCUAUGGGAUUUACGCACGGUGUCCAGUGAUAGAGCUUCCAUGCACAUCGGGAGCACAAACAUAUUCAACGGGCACAGCGAGGCUGUACGUGAUAUUAGGUGGUCGCCUGCUGAACCUGUAGAGUUUGCCACGGCUACUGAUAGUGGUGUUAUCCAACGAUGGGACAUUCGCAAGGAUAACGUACCCAUAAUACGGAUAAAUGCUCAUGAAAAGGCAUGUUCGUCCGUGGACUGGCAUCCUGAUGGUAAACAUCUCCUUAGCGGUAGCGUGGAUCGCCAGGUGAAAGUGUGGAAUUUUUCUUCAACAGACAGAAGGCAGAAACCAUGUCUACAGUUGAGAACGCCUCAGGCUGUCCUAAAUGCGCGCUGGCGGCCACCGUCGUUGACAGGUCAUGAUUAUGAGACUGCCAGCUGGGAAUCUACCCAAAUUGUUACAUCAUACGAUCAGGAAGACCCCCGUAUCCACAUCUGGGACUUCAGAAGACCACAUAUCCCAUACAAGGAAAUCGACCGUUACUCUAACUCGGCAACAGAUUUACUAUGGCAUUCCCAGGAUUAUCUAUGGACCGUCAGCUCAGAGGGAAUAUUCAUGCAGACCGAUAUCAGCCUGGCCCCUGAUGCCAUAGAGCGAAGAUCGCCAUGCGCAAUUACAUGGAGUCCUGACGGGAAAGUUCUCGCGUUCUUCGAGCCGCGCCAUAGAAGGCACAAGCAAAGUUUUAAUUAUAGUAAUACAGAAACCGUGGAAUCUAUACCCGUGCCCAUUCCGCGGAAGGGCAGAGAAGGUGACGAUAAGCUACCUACUGCCAGUCACAGUCUCACUGAUGAGGCUCCCGAGGAGGCCCCCCAGAUGAUCGGGCUUCGGAAACGUUCUAACAAGAUAACAUCGACAAGGAGCUCCAAAUCGCUUAGUGCCACUCCUCCCAUGCAGGAUGACGAGCUACAAGUGGUCCCACUCGUCAAAUCGGUUGGUAAUAUUAAAGAUAACACCAAUCAUCAGGACGGCAUGAUAGGACGUGUUGAGGGAGCAACAUUCGACCCAGGUGCCUUUCAUUAUUUGGUACAUCAUUAUUCGCCGUUGCUGGCAGAUCCUCUCAACGAACGCAAUAUGUCAGUUGAAGUAGUCAAGUAUCUUCUUGACGGCCUUGAUGAGAAUACCAUGCAGGCUGCGGCUGUCCGCUUCGGGCGAUUGGCACAGACUUGGCGGAUUGUAAGAUAUGCCAUAUCGCAGGAGCUGCUCAAUCAGCAUAAGCAGCGCCAACUUGAAUUGAAGCAAAACAGUACCUCCAAAGCGCCACCUAAAAUUGGCAGCCGUGGUAGUAGUACUAACAUGUUAAAACUUGACCCAUCUAUUCCCGACAAGGCCAAGAAUCGAAUAUUCAAGGGCGUCGUUGACGGAGAUUCUCAAAGACUUAUGACCCUAAGUCCAGAACCUAACUCUGGCGCGACAACUCCUCUUGCCCGUCCUAUACCUGAUUCAUCCAUUGGUACCGCCAUAGCCAGUGGGCAGGCGUCAAAUACGGGCCUAAACGAAGACCUUGGGCAACUUAGACCUAUCCCAUCGCUAAUUUUAUCAAGUGAUGAAGUGUUGAACAAACAAGUUCAGGCGAGCGAAACUGCCUUAGAGAACGAGACUGGCUGGCCACAGGAUAGCAACGGAAUGAAAACCCCGACCAACAAACACCCAACGGCGCACAGCAGUGAAGAAGCCAUUGCAGAUCAGACCAGAUCUGCGCCCCGUGCAAUUUCUGGCAGAGCUGAAUGGAGACGUGACGAAAAAUCCCGUCCUAAACCUACAGCUGACGAAUCAGCAAUCAAAGAUGAUGAUGGAGAAGGAGACGAAGACGGCAGUAAAAAGGGAAAUGAAGACAUUGACGCACCACAAAAUUAUCAGGUUUUUCGCAAACGCCUUUUGUCCAUGGAACGUGCGGCGCAGGAGAGACCAGCUAUUCCCGUUGCCUACAAACGGCAUGACUCAGGAGAAAGCUUUCCUAUGUUUUCAGCCUCGGAUAGUUCCCACCGCACUAAAUCCUUUGACGAGGCAUCUUUCUCACUCACGAAUGUUCAUUCGCGCUAUGAAAGCGGUGGAUGGCCAGCUGCGACAGAAGGAUCGUUACAUAACAUUCCAGAGCUAGAAGGGAGCUCGCCUCCUAGACCUGGGCGAUGGGAGAACCACAGCGACUCGAUGAGCGAUAUGUCAUUAGAAGAUUUACCUACACAGUCUGCGACUAUUGAUCUUGAGAGGCCUGUCAGCCCAUUUCCAUUCCUGGCAGAGUCGUCUCCCAUUAAGAAACCAUCACGUGUUGGAUAUUCUCGCCCUCCAGCACGGUUGAAAUCACCGGCUGGUUCACGGAAUCCAUCCCUACCUACUGAGUCAACGGUCACUCUCCCACUCUGCCCGGAGUCCACCUCAGAUGCACCAUGGGGCGUACAGACCAUCGUGAGAGAAAUAAUAAAACAUUACUGUAGCAGUUCAUCUGUUGACAUACUCUCCGCGUCCCAUCUCCUUCAUAAGAUGCACAUUCUCUACAGUUCAUGUGACGAACUUCUACCUCAAGGAGAAAGAGAACUAAUUUUCAAAGCCUUCAACGAACAGCUUUUCAGGCAGGGCAUGUUCGUUGAAGCCGCUGAAUUUCGACUUGUUUGCGUUCCCUCAUACCCAAGUCUAUAUGAUUAUGCCCAAAAGGAUACAUUUAUCAACGUUUUUUGUUUCGAAUGUAACAAACCUUAUGAAAAUCCUAUACAGGAUAACAAGCUAUGCCACCGCUGCGACACAGCUCAACCCCCAUGUACAAUCUGCGUCAGCCGGAACCCACCCGCGGAAUGGGCUGCCAAAAGCAACCUUAGCUCACUGCCUGAUUCUAAUAACCCUGGUGACCUCUCUUCUACUAACAUUAGCCCACUUGAAGAUGGUUUAGCACACCAACAACAAGAACAGCCUGGAUCCCGGCUAUACGGCUCGGGCCUCUGGUCAUGGUGCCAGACCUGCGGGCAUGGCGCCCAUACAGCUUGCCUAACUGCAUGGUUAACAGACAUAUCCCUAAGCGAAGGUGGUUGUCCCACCCCUGGCUGCUUUCAUGACUGUGGACCAGGCCCUCGUCGAGAACAGAACCGCCUCGCUCAGCAAGAAGCUAGCAAGAGAGCGCGAAAUGCCUAUUAUGGACGCAAACCGAGUUCCACGUUUAUCAAGAGAGAUUCUUGGACGGCUGGCGAAAGCCGAGCUGUUGAAAGGGUAAGAGGUAUGCUUGGUGGUGGACUUCCCAAUGCUGGGGAAGCAGGGCUGGCGGCAGGACAGGGCAAUCCGUCGGGCUCCGGUGUUGGUGCUGGUUCGGGAUCAUCGGCUAUUAUCUCACCGAAGAAAGUAAGGCUUGUUGCGCCCGGUGAGCAGGAUUCUGAAGGCCAUGAGCGCUGA